UUGAAUUGUGGGUGGUUAUUUUGGAAGGGGGUUUGCUUCGGUUGAGGAGCUGGUUGGAAGAUGCUUUGCAAGGUUGGAAGUGGGGCUGGUUGGAAAGCCGGACCGGGAUUCGGUUCGGAGUGUCUUGCGUGCCGGGGGUGAGGGUGGCGCGCGCCUUCCGGGGUUAGUGCGCACAGCUGAGUUGGAGAGCUGCGCGUCUGCUUGCUGGGAAGGCGUUUUUCUUAGGAAGUCCGGAGUGAGCCUUGCUAUGAGGUGGAGAAAGUGGAACGGGAAGGAAGAGAGAUGUCCUUUCCAGGGGAGGGGAGAGAUAAUUCUGCAUCUCGUGAAAUCGGCCAACGAGGUUAAAUGGGUCCAGUAACUGGAAUGACUCCAGAUAAGAAAGGUGAAACACCAGGAGCAGAGAAGACUGUAGGGCUACAGCACAUUCAAAGAAUGGGAAGCCUACCGGAGGCAGGAGAUGCUGCUCGUCCAAAGGCCACAGCUGUGGAUAGUGACCUGGCUGACGAUGAGCUCACAAACUUGAACUGGUUGCACGAAAGUACAAACCUUCUAACAAACUUCAGUCUCGGAAGCGAGGGUCUUCCAAUGGUCAGUCCUCUCUAUGACAUUGAGGGUGACGACGUGCCAUCUUAUCCUUCUUCCUGCUAUGGGAACCCAGAGAAGAAAACUGCUUCUUCCAAGCCCCCCUAUUCUUUUAGCCUUUUAAUCUACAUGGCAAUUGAACAUUCUCCCAGCAAGAGCUUGCCCGUGAAAGAGAUCUACAACUGGAUCCUGGAACGUUUUCCGUACUUUGCCACAGCACCCACUGGAUGGAAGAACUCUGUCCGGCAUAAUCUUUCCCUGAACAAGUGUUUCCGAAAGGUGGAGAGAAGCCACGGCAAGGUGAAUGGGAAAGGCUCUUUAUGGUGUGUGGACCCAGAAUAUAAGCCUAACCUUAUACAAGCUCUGAAGAAACAACCUUUCCCUUCUGCAUUCGCGUUUUAUACCCCACCAGCAUCACACCACUGAGGGCCGCCAUCUGGUUCAUCAUCCCCUCGCUACUUAACCUCAGUCUUGAAACAGAAUCAGGGUCAGUCUAUCAAAGACUCUGAUAUCGAUGCUGCUACUGCCAUGAUGCUGCUGAAUACUUCUAUUGAACAAGGCAUUUUAGACUGUGAGAAGCCGCAGCCCAUCAAGUUCUCCAAGAAAAGGAAUUAUGGCAGUGCGUUCCACAACCACAGUAUGGCAGGCCAGCAGGAGACCAAUUCUACAAUCCCCAACAUCGACCCAAAUGAGGAUCACAAUUACAGUGCCAGCAGCGUGGCCUCUCAGCGUUGUGCAUCGUUGUCGAGCGUGUCUUCCCUGUCUUCCAUCGAUGAGGUGUAUGAAUUCGUCUCGGAGGCUAGCCGGGCUGGGAGCGACGGUAGUGAAGGGUUCCAUAGCGAGGAGGACACAGAUGGUGAUGAUGAGGAAGAUGACAACAACGACCCCCUGGUGGACAGCAGUUACACCUCCCAGCUGCGCACUGGUCCUUCUGAUAAGAACCAACCUCACAAGACAGCCCUGGAAGAGCUCUGCCAAGAAAUAGACGAGGAACUGAAAGAGGCUGCCGGGUCUCUGCUUCACUUAGCUGGCAUCAGCACAUGCCUGGGCUCCCUCAUAAGUGCUGCAAAGACCCAUAGCCAGAAACGAAGAAAAAAAGAAUAACGACGCAGUGUAAAAAGAAUAUGUAUAGCGACAGAUAUGAAAAUGCGUAUUUUAUUUUUUAGUGUGGCAAUACUCCUCUACUUUUUAUCCUUCACAAGGGAGAUCAAAGCCAUAAAAGGACUUUUUUAUUUUUGCAGAUUAUAAUUUUGGUGUUUUUUUUUAAAUUUAAUUUUUUUAUUGCAAGGUGGCAGUGGUGAGUUUAGGUAUUGAGAAACUUAUUUAAUUGUGCAGGACAGGGGGUGAGAGGGAAUUGAACUGCUUCCCUCCCAGUAGUGAUUUUCAACAGAGUUGGGUAUUUUGGAUUUUCAACAGAGCAGUUGGAUUCCCUUGUAUUAUCUCAUGCAUCAUGCUCUGUGUAGAAGGUCUUGUACAUGUCUUUGGGAAGCAUGGAGCUUGAGGGAUGCGGAUUAGUCUUUCAAUUGUGUAACGUAUGCAUAAAGUGGGGAAUGUGGAAUUGUGCCCCCUAUCUAACUUCCAGAGCUUCCUGAUUUUCACAUGCUACGUUGCAGGCCUCAUAGCCAUCAAAAUCAGGAAGUCACGAUCAAGCAGCUUGGACCUGUAUGUGUUGGCUUCUGCACACACAGGGAUUGAUCUCACAGGUCCUUUUUACUCGUGGAUACACUUUCCUCCAAUGGAAGGAAGCCUUCCCUUGAUUCAAGCCUCUUGCAUUGGCAAACGCCAUCCUUUUGAAGAAAGGGCCUCAGCUAGUGGAAAGGUCCUGGGGAAUGCUGCCAUGGCUGCCUUCUCUAUCCAGCACAUCAUUGCCAAAUAGAUCUGAAGGUGGAGCUGGUGAUUUGGAUAAGCAGGAGCAGUCCCUAUAAUUCUCUCUUUCACUGUUCAUGGGCUGUGUGUCUUCAAAACCGUGUCUAUUUUGGGUUAUAGAAAUGAGUAACAUAGAAGCCCCUUCAUGUAUUCUGUUGUACAUUCUGUCCGGAGCAUGCCACUUCAUAGCCUUGCUUUCACUGUUACGUAGUUGCCUCCUGUGUUGUGGUCCAUGGUAAUUUGAAUAGUACAAAACUGCCACCAUGAAUCACUUCCCAACUUAUGUUACUUGAUAUCUGAAAUUAUCACGUAGGAGAAAAACUGGAACAUGUGGACGUUAAUAUUUUUGAAAGAGGGUUUCAUCAUGAGUAGUUUGUCUCCCAGCUUUAUUUGCAUAGAAUUUCCUUCCUGGAUGUACCAAAAAAUAAGAAGCUGGUUUCUUCUCUCACUUUUUAAUUUUUUAUUGAGAACAUAGACACGUAUUUCCAAACCUAAGGCUCUUCUGACUGUCUUGAUACCUGCAUCAAGUGACUGAUAUUUAUGACUGAAUUGUAAAUUAUUAUUUCAGAGAUAACUUGGGCUUACAUGUUCAGGCAGAGAGGUCAAAAAGGGUUGAUGUUCCUCUAGGUCAGAGUUAAAAAAUGAAUUAGUUGACUUUGGCCUAGUUCUCACUGUGGUGACUGUACCACUUCAUAGUGCAGGCAGUCCAUCACAUUGUUGAGGGCCCUUCUGGACAAAAAAUCCCUGCCAUGUAGGAAACCUGUUAUCGAAGAGGAAGAGUUGUAGCCUAGACUUCCCUUUGAUGUGCUGGGUUCCUAUAUUAGUAAUGUUUAUAUCAUGGAGGAGCAGUCUGAGGUAGUUUGGCUCAGGCACAUAGAAAAUCAGGGUUUUAACAGAAAACUUAACAAAAGGGUUCUCAUGCGGCUUGGAAGUCUUGGCUAUUUUUUUUAAGUUGUUGCAUACUUUCAUUUUGUAUUGUACUAGCCUAACUUACCUGGAAGAGCUAAUAUAUUGAAUACAACCUUAAGGUGGCACCAUUUGAAGAGUGUGAAUACAUGAAUGAUGUUAAAAUGAUGAAUGCCGUUCAGUUCAGGCAACUGCCAACUUUCUUGAAUAAGAAUGACACUAGGGGUAAAAUUCCAACCCCUUUUAAAUCAGCAGGGAUUUGCCAGUGGUAGCAUAGUGACAUGGGUAGAUUUGUUGGUCUGCAGUAGAAGAGCAAGGUUCUUAAAGACCAGUGUCACCUAAAAGAGCAAUGUGACCUUGCAUCUUGCCUUACAUAGAAAGUACAUAUUGGUCCUUAAGGUGUUUGUGCAAGCAUCUUUUGUAUUGUCAGCUCCAGUAGUUGCAGCUGGAAGCUCAACAAGUCUCGUGGAAGAGAGAAGCAAUUUUUGCCUGUCUGAUAGUCAACCUGCUGCUCAAAGGCAACCACAUAGUCUGGAUAUGCUAUUUAUCUCCUGUUUCUUGUAUUGAAGUGUGUCUGUUCAGGGUCCGAUGAGCUGCACAAGCAGACUCUGUUCCUGAAAUAAGCCAUCUGUUGAUGUUCCUUGAGACUAGUUUGGGAAGUGGCGUCUGAAAGGGGAUUGCAGUGCUGCCAUACUAGUGGGUUUGUUGUUCCCACUAUGAGAACUCACCAGCAGCUUUUCCUAUUGAGAUAAGGAGGAGUCCCUACAGGAAAGGCAGCUUUGCUGUUGUGCAACUCCUUUUCCUUUUGAGGGGUAGUUUCACAGGAAAUACUGUGGAUGGUUGGGUGCAAGGGGCCGCUGUGCCCUACAAUUCUGAGAACAAGUGUUUUGUAAUUAUCUAAGUAUUAGUGUAGCCACAUAUGCCUGGUUUGGAAGGGCAGCUUGAAGUGCCAUUGAAUCUUCUCAUUAUUUUCUUGUGAGCAAGUUUAUCCCCGUGCCAGGGGGAGGGGCUGCUCCAAAUUGCAGAUAACUGAAUCAGAUUUUGAGCACCAGAAUGAAGAUAACAUUUGACCAGUAAUACAGAGGUUCUCUGGCUUAUUACUGAAAGACUAGUAUUUAGAUGGUCAGGGUUUUAUUUUUUUAAAAAAAUAUCACUGCCUCUUCUUGAAUACUGCCUCCUCAUACCCCAGUAAAAAUCCUGCCACUCUAAGCCUGUAGCUGUUCUUUAGAAACCCAGUCUGUUGCCCAUGAUCCAGCAAGUUCAGAUGGGACUUUCCUAUUACCAGCUGUAGAACAGUUUGCGUUGUCUGUAAAAAGAGCCAAGCUUUCAGGUAGUUUGGAUUAUAACUAUGACCGAUCUGAUAAUAUCUGCAUAUAUUUUCAUGAUGGGUUGGCCUGAAGAUUUCAAGGCUCCAUGUAGCAUUUUGAGUGUUUCAAAGCAAAUCUUUGCUAAAAUGGUAGCAAACUGUAAAUGAUUCCACCUUGUAAUCACACUGCUAGUUCUAGACAAAAGAAAAAUCUUGAAUGCAUGGGUGUUUGCACGCUCACCAAUUUGUACACAACUCUCUCCAAUGUAAAGCUUGAAUAUGUUUGGUGCACAUUCUUUGUCUCCUUCUUCUCCUUUCCAACCCAAAUGCUUUGACUGAUUGGCCAAAACAAUAAUCUAGCCUGCCAAAAUUGCUUUUAGACUAACUUCCCUAGUUUAAGAUAUUGUUCCUGGAAGAUUAGCCGCAAGUCAGCAUGGGUAAGGAUUUACACCUGUAUCUAAUUGUGAGUCAGACAUAGGACAGGUGUGCAUGCCUAUAUGUUUUAGCCAUAAUGAUUAAUUGGUGUAAUUAGUGGAAAAACAGCCAAGAAUGGUGCAGAGGUUUUUGUUUUUUGAAGUAUCACCCAGAAAAGCAGUAAAAUACAACAGCAACAUAGUGGAAAAGUCAAGCAAAAGCCAGAACUGGAAAGUCUUGUGGAUUAACAUUCUGGCUUUAAAUACAGGUUUUUACUUGUUAUACAAAGAGGAUUCAGGGAAGGACAUUCUGCUGUUGUGGUACCAUCUAUUAAAUAAGGACUUGAUCCAGUGGCCUCAGAUUUUACCCUUUUAAAAGACAGUACCCAGCAGAAAAGGCCAAGUCCUACCAUCUGGGUAGUUCAUAUGGGAGAGGAAAUUCUUACAGAAGUGCUAUACCCAGGCUAUUUAAGGCUCUCCUCUCCACUUUACCCCAUGAGUAAACCUACAAAUUGAGCUAGUAAUAUAAACUGUCCAUGUUAGAAUUUUCACCAGGAAUGUGCUUUGUGAGUGCCUUCCUUAAAAGACAAAUGGUACAUGAAAUGGUCUCUGGCACCUAAAGCAAAAAGUAAUAUGAAUUCACCAUUCGCCAAUAGCAACAAGUCUGUAUAUUUUGUGCAAAACACAGCUUUCAAUUCCUGUAUGUUGUUGCUGACCGGAGAUGUCCCUCUGACUAGCCUUUGUCCAGAGUACACGUUCUAGUAACUUGUGAUUGUGAAACGUCUUUUUGAAGCAAUGCAAAUAACAGGACUACUGUAUUUUUAAAAGUAUUUAUUUAGGUCUUGGAUAUCUUUGAGGAUUGACAAGAACUAAAUUUAGAUCUUGCUACAAUGGGCCAGACUUGAAAAUGAGGCUGCUUCCCUGGAAUUUGAGUGUUGAUUCUUGUUGUCUUGAGUCUGACUUGAUUAGAGUUCUGUCUGUAGUCUGUUUCCUAACAGAAAUUGAAUGCGUGCACAAUUCUUUUUCUCUGUCCUCCCUUUAUGAAUGCAGUGUUUAGUGUCACCUCUGUGCUAGAAAAUGUGUAGAACAUAGCAGUUUUCCUGAUGAUGAUUUCUGUUGUUUUCCACAUGUAAUGGUAGAGCAAUAAAAGCAUUAGGUGGGAAGAGAAGCUGAGAAAAUACCACUCCAAUCUUAAAAUCCAAUCUGAAAUUGCAGCAGGGCAAGAAUCGGGACUCUCACAGGACUUGAGAGCCAGUCUGCAUGUUACAGAGAAUAGGAUGGUAGAAUUCUGCACUAUACUGCUUCAUCCUGCAGGUGGGAAUAUUUUAACAUUCUCUCCCAUGAUUGGGAGGAAAACCCUCUCUCUAUCUAAAAAAAUCAGCCCAUCAAAGAAGGGGUUACUGUAGCCCUUUCCCUGAUUUGCUGGUUUUCUGCUUCCUGGGUGCAUCCAAAAACACAGAGCCUCACAAGUGUUUUGAAGUGGCUGUCCAGAGUUUUAUCUCACACUGAGUAGCAUGUAGAUCUGUAACGUUUUGGGAACAAAGGCCCUUCAUAUCAUUGGAGUGCUGAUUCCCUUGCAAAUUCACGAGAAUGAAUAAGGUAGACCAGUAGCUUAGCCGCUGCAGGGACAUGGCGAGGGGGUUCUGGGGGUGUGGGCAGAUGAGGGUGUGGCAGGGGCGCAGGGUGCAUGCGUGCCCCGGGCGCAGUUCCCCCUCGCUGCUCCUGAGGUAAACACACUGCUACAUCAACAUUCCAGGGAUGGUCAGAAGGCAGUUCUCCAGUUUGUACCAUUCCCCCAAUGGCUUUGCAAAAGAAUCAUAUCACUAUGGAGAAAAAGCAUUGUGUGAAUGGGCCAUUGCUCCCUACUUUCUAAGCAUUCAAGGUUCAGUACUCCCUGUUAGUUGUUGUCCACACUGUACUUUCACUGCCUAUAUUCCCAUAGAACUGUGCAUGUCUUCCUAUGGUCAAAAUCCACACAGAGCCCUGUCCCAGCAUACAGAGAAAUCGUAUAAUUUUUCCUCCAACAUACUCCUUACUUUGUCAGCACAUCCACAGUAAAACCGUUGCUUAAUUUUGCAUCUGUUUAAGUCAUGCACGGACAAGAUGUAUCCAGAUGACAGUGUGUUGACCAGACAUACUGGACUGAUUUCCCCUAGAUUGGAGUGAACAUAGGCUGGACAGUUGAUGAGGCUAGAGUCGCAGUAUUGUGGGGACUGGGAUUGUGCAUUUUUACAGGUUUGAUUUGCUAGUCCAAGCACCAAAACAAGGGCCAUUGUUUUCUGAACACACUUUGUUGCAGAAUAUUAAUGCCUUCCUAAUUUGUUCAAAGGUGCUUAUCUUUCUAGGUAUUUGUAUCUCUCCUGUGUCUUGAUCUUUCUUCCUAAUUAAGAUGCAGUUAUACAUCCUGUUAACAUAGGAUAUCUUCAGCACUUCUUUUCCUCUCUCAGAAGUAGUUACAUCCCUGAGUUACCCCUGGAGUAACUGCCAUAUUUCUCUCUGUUACUGUAUCACUCUUUCUUUGAAUUAUUGAAUUGGAGAAAAUCAGUAUCUUCAGAAAAAGAUCCUCCUGGGGCUUUGCUAUUUGGAUGGGGAACUGCAUUGUUGAAUACUUAACACAUGGGGGGGAGCAGGUGGUGCUAAAACCCUUCUCGCUGCUCUCUUGCUGUCUGCCUGCAGGCACUUUAAGAGGAGGAAAUAAUUCAAUCUUGCAGUCUUCUGUCUGUAUUAAAAUAAGAUAAAUCUCUAAAUACGUGUGCUGACACACCACCUUCUGAACAUAGAGCUCAGCCCCUCUGGUUUAUCAUUUGGUUUUUGUUUUAAGCAGGAAGGUAAGAAUGAGACUGUUUUAGACCAAAUGUGUGCUCAGCUAAUGAGGAUAAACAUAAAACUUCCUGCAGGUAGAUUUAGGGGGAUUGAUAGUCAACACUGGCUAAAUUCCUUUGCAGAAGUAGUUACCACUUGAUAUGUGAGGGAGUUGCAGUGGUAAGUAACUUUUACUACUAUUUCACGGACUUUACUACUAUUUCACGAACUGCCUUGAGGGUGGAACUUUAAGUAUGACAGCGCUGCUGCCAUCAAUGGCUUCCCAUGUCUGUUGUUCUUCAUAAGGAACAGACCACGUACCCUGGGUCUGGCUUUCAUAUAUCACUGUCCUUGCUCCACAUCCUCAGCCACUGGUGGGGAUAUGCAUGAGUUGAUCCUCUGAAUGAGGUGAGUCUACAUGAUGCAGGGUAGAAACUGAUAUAGGAUGCCAUGGAUGGAUGGAAGUAAGCCAGUAUGAAGGUUAAGCAUGACUUGGAUCCUGAGCUUCCUUUCCGCCCACUGACUCACAAGAGCACAAUUCUCUGGUGGUAAUAGACUGGGAGGUGGAAGAAUAGCUUAAUAUAUAAUGCAUCUUUGCUUGCGCUGCAUAGGAUCCAAGCCUAAUGUGACCUCAGGUUUGUUGCAUUUUUGAAAGUUGGGGCUGUGAAGUGUGUGUGUGGUUUUCUGGUAGAUCAGUUCACUUGGAACCCUCAUUUUAACAUCAGAUGAAAGAUUAAAACAUUUGUCUUAAAAUGAACAUGGAGAGGUUUCCAAGGGAGGCUCAUCCGUCCUUGAAAUCCAGAUACCAGUGCUGUCCUAAUCGAUUUCAAAUUCCAGUUCUAAAUUAUAUCUUCUCUGAGAACUGCAGGCACUCCUUUUUAGAAAGUCCAACUUGGAACUUGUACGGCUUGUGACUUCUUUGUUUGGUGAAAGCAACAGCUUUGGUUAAAGCAAAGCACACCCCACAAUGCUAAUAACGGGGUAGUCGAAAUAUUUAUUGUAAAAGAAGACUAGGGUUUUUUUUAAUGUACCUGCCAUUUAUUUGGAAAAGCACAUUCUCCAGAGCUAACAGCCAGUGCCAAUAAAAGGUCUGUUUUACGUGUACAUUUUUUUCCAGACUUAAGAAGUACAUAAUUUAAAAAGUAUUAUGUUGCCAUCUUAUAGUGAUAUAAAACCGUUUAUAAUUGCCAAUUCAUUGUGACUAUUAUUUAUUUGAGAAGUGGAAAUGUGUAAGAAUGCAUUCUGAUCAAACUAGAGUUCUUUUGGGGAAAAAUUACCGUUACCUUGCUUUUUUUUUCUUCAAUCUAACAAUAGCGCAAGAAAGCCCUUGGAUUUCUUUAGAAAAAUGCUGCCAGUAGAUUAAGCACCAUUCUAACACUUUACUCCCUUCUCCCAGUUGAGUAGUUUUUGCCUGGUUUAAAGACAACUUUACAGAUAUUUUAGUUUUUGUAUUCUAACCUCUAUUAAUUAAAAUGUUUAUGGAGUUUAUUUUUACCAAAGAGAUGCAAUUCAUUAUGAUAAAAUAUUUCAAAAUAAACUUUGUUUUAUAACA